AUGGGUGUCUCUCGGAAAUGGUUGCCUGCGAGUCUUCUUGUGCUCUGCAUUGUCUUCCAGUUGAGUGCAAUGCUUGCUCAAGGUGAUGACAAGGUUGACAAAGCUAGGUUUCGUGAUGAUAAUUGUCGAUGGGGCCGCCGCUGCGGUGGCCGUUUUGGUGGCGGUGGAGGUCGUGGUGGAGGUCGUGGUGGAGGAGCUGGAGGUGGUAUAGGCGGUGGUGGUGGCUUUGGUGGUGGUGGUGGUCAUGGUGGAGGUUUUGGAGCAGGUGGUGGAGCUGGUGGAGGUGUAGGAGGUGGUGCUGGUGGAGGGGGUGGCGGGGGAGGUAUAGGAGGAGGCGGUGGAGGUGGAUCAGGAGGCGGUGGUGGUGUCGGUGGUGGUUCUGGUCAAGGAGGAGGCUUUGGUGCAGGUGGUGGUGUGGGCGGUGGAGCUGGUGGAGGUGGAGGUCUUGGAGGAGGAGGUGGCGGAGGAUCCGGAGGCGGUGGUGGUGUUGGAGGAGGUUCUGGACACGGAGGAGGUUUCGGUGCCGGCGGUGGUGUAGGCGGUGGAGCUGGUGGAGGAGGUGGAGGAGGUGGAGGAGGAGGUGGUGGAGGAGGAGGCGGCGGCGGUGUGGGUGGAGGAUCUGGCCAUGGAGGAGGUUUUGGCGCCGGCGGUGGAGCUGGUGGUGGUUUAGGCCACGGCGGGGGUGUAGGUGGCGGAGCUGGCGGUGGCCACGGAGGAGGAUUUGGAAUUGGAAUUGGGAUUGGCAUUGGAGUGGGAGCUGGUUCUGGUUCUGGUAAAGGAGUUGGAGUUGGGAGUGGGAGCGGCUCCGGUGGGGGUGGUAAACAUUAA